UUGCAAACGAUAAAGGAGCUAGUUGUUUCCCCAUUAGUUCCUUAGUGCCAUAAAAUGCAAUAUUGAAACAACGAAAAACAACAACAAACAACAACAACAAACAACCACAAUCUACAACAACAACAAGUGCCUUCAUUCAUAACGUGAUAGUGAUAUUAAAUAAUGUUUAUAUACUCGUAACAACUCAAAAGCUUGCCACCAACAACAAACAACAACAACAACAAACAACAAUCGACAAGAAAUAACAAACAACAACAACAACAAUAAAGCAACAACGAUUCGAAUGCCUUCACCAUUUGCCAGCUGCAACUCAAGUUCAAAGCUCAAAAGCUCAAAAGCUCAAUUAGUAGUCAAUUAAUUAAAGCAAAGCGAAAGCUAAAGCAAAUUGGGGUACAGGUCCUGCUGGAUAUAAUGUCCACAUCCACGGCGACAACGAGCGUCAUCACGUCCAACGAUAUAUCGCUGUCCGCCCAUCAUCACGGCCACGCCCACCAUCAGCAGCAGCAGCAGCAGCAACAACAGCAGCAGCAGCAGCAGCAACACACGCACAACACACACACACACACACUGCACACACACACACAUCGACUCGGCUCGGUUGGUGUGGGCGUCGGUGUGGGAGUGGGCGUGGUCGGUGGCCAUCUUAGCGACGCCUCACUGUCCCCAAUACAACAGGGCGCCAACAUUGUUGCCACCAGCAACAACAGCUCCCCCCUAGGCCAGAACGGUGUUCCCCUGUUGACCACAAUGCACCGAUCGCCGGACAGUCCACAGCCCGAGCUGGCCACAAUGACAAAUGUGAAUGUCCUCGAUCUGCACACAGAUUCCUCCAAGCUCUACGACAAAGAGGCCGUCUUCAUCUAUGAGACGCCCAAGGUCGUCAUGCCGCCCGACGGCAAUGGCUCCAACAAUGGCCACGACGAUGGUGGGGGCCAAGUGAUAGACGCCCGCAUCGCUGCCCAAAUGAGCACACAACAUUUGGCGGCGCCACCGCAGCAACAGCAGCAGCAACAGCAACAGCAGCAGCAGGCCCAGGAACAUCAACCGCUGGCCAAAAUUGAGUUCGAUGAGAAUCAGAUAAUACGGGUCGUUGGACCCAAUGGUGAACAGCAGCAGAUCAUCUCACGGGAGAUCAUCAAUGGAGAGCAUCACAUCCUGUCCAGAAAUGAGGCCGGCGAACACAUUCUCACCCGCAUCGUUAGCGAUCCAUCGAAGCUGAUGCCAAAUGAUAAUGCCGUCGCAACGGCCAUGUACAAUCAGGCCCAGAAGAUGAACAAUGAACAUCAGGGUGUCUAUCAGACAUCGCCACUUCCACUGGAUGCAUCUGUGCUGCACUAUGGCAACGAUAAUGUGAUCAAAACCGAGGCCGAGAUCUACGAGGAUCAUAAGAAGCAUGCGGCUGGUGGCGGUGGUUCCAUCAUCUAUACCACAACGGAUCCGAAUGGGGUGAAUGUGAAUGUCAAACAGUUGCCACAUUUGGCGGGUGUGCCACAAAAGCUCGAUCCCGAACUGUAUCAGACGGACAAACACAUCGAUCUGAUCUACAAUGAUGGCAGCAAAACUGUCAUCUAUUCCACCAGCGAUCAGAAGGGCCUCGAGAUCUAUUCCGGCGGCGACAUCGGCAGUCUCGUCUCCGACGGUCAAGUCGUCGUCCAGGCGGGUCUGCCAUAUGCCACAACCACCAGUGCCACAGGACAACCCGUCUACAUUGUCGCCGACGUCGAGGAGCAUUUACAGGGCACCGGCAAACUGAAUGGCCAGACCACACCUAUCGAUGUCUCUGGCCUAUCGCAAAAUGAAAUUCAAGGCUUUCUGCUUGGCUCACACCCCUCAUCGUCGGCCGCCACAACCGGCGUUGUGUCCACAACAACAAUCUCAAAUCAGCAACAUCAGCAGCAACAGCAACAACAACAACAGCAACAGCAACAUCAGCAGCAACAGCAACAACAGCAGCAGCAGCAUCAACAGCAGCAGCAACAGCAACAACAACAACCACCACAUCCCAGCGACAUUGUAACCAUAACCACGGCGGGAGUGGGGAGUGCGGGCUCAAUUGUCUCCGCCGCAGUGCAACAGCAGCAACAGCAACAGCAGCAGCAGCAGCAGCAAUUGCUGAGCAUCAAACGUGAACCCGAAGACUUGAGCAAGGAUCCCAAGAAUGGCAAUCUGGGCGCCGCAGCAAACGGUUCAGUCAUAACGCAGAAGAUAUUGCGCGUGGAUGCAGCUAGAACUGAAGCUGAGGCAACUGCAACUUCAACUGCAACUGCAACUGCAACUGCAACUGCAUUCGAAAUUAGCGAUAAAACAGCUGCUGCAGCAACAACAACAGCAACAACAACACAAAGUGAAACUGCAACUAGUCCCGCCAGCGCCACAACAGAUCUAGAGAUGUAUGCUACAACGGGCGGCACACAGAUUUAUCUACAGACCUCACAUCAGAACAGCACCGGCCCCAGCACACAGCAGAGCACACUGCAAGCCCAGAGUCCCAGUCCCGGGCCGUAUAUCACAACGGAUAGCUAUGGCAUGUAUACGGCCACACGAUUGCCGCCCGGUCCACCGCCCGCAACCACAUUCAUAACGGAACCCUAUUACCGCGAAUACUUUGCGCCCGAUGGCCAGGGUGGCUAUGUGCCCGCCGGCACAGCGCGCAGCCUCUACGGCGAGGAUGUAUCCGUGGCGGCGGCCACACAACCACAGCCCGUGGGCGGUGUCUAUGAGGCGCGAUUCACCAGCAAUGGGCCCACCACCACCACAGUGCUAACCAGCAGCAAUGCACACCACCACAGUCAACAGCAGCAGCAGCAGCAGCAACAGCAACAGCAGCAGCAGCAGCAGCAGCAGCAACAACAGCAGCAGCAGGAACAGUCGGGCAAAAGCGGCGGUACUCCACUAUAUGCCAAGGCUAUAACGGCGGCGGGUCUGACCGUCGAUUUGCCCAGUCCCGAUUCGGGCAUUGGCACGGAUGCCAUUACGCCGCGGGAUCAAAAUCACAUACAGCAGUCCUUCGACUAUACGGAACUUUGUCAGCCGGGCACCUUAAUUGAUGCGAAUGGCAGCAUACCCGUUUCGGUGAACAGCAUCCAGCAGCGCACUGUGGUGCAUGGCAGCCAGAAUAGUCCAACCACAUCGCUGGUGGACACAAGCACAAAUGGCUCUACACGCUCGAGACCCUGGCACGAUUUCGGACGCCAAAAUGAUGCUGAUAAAAUACAAAUACCAAAAAUCUUCACAAAUGUGGGCUUUCGUUAUAAUUUGGAGAGCCCGAUCAGCUCGUCGCAGCGUCGAGAGGACGAUCGCAUCACCUACAUCAACAAGGGUCAGUUCUAUGGCAUUACGCUGGAGUAUGUGCACGAUGCGGAUAAGCCAAUCAAGAAUACAACAGUUAAGAGUGUGAUCAUGUUGAUGUUUCGCGAGGAGAAGAGUCCCGAAGAUGAGAUAAAGGCCUGGCAAUUCUGGCACAGUCGUCAGCAUUCCGUGAAGCAAAGAAUCUUGGAUGCAGAUACAAAGAACUCGGUUGGUCUCGUUGGUUGCAUUGAGGAAGUGUCGCACAAUGCCAUCGCCGUCUACUGGAAUCCGCUCGAGAGCUCUGCCAAGAUCAACAUUGCAGUUCAGUGCCUCAGCACGGAUUUCAGCAGUCAAAAGGGUGUUAAGGGUCUGCCGUUGCACGUACAAAUCGAUACGUUUGAGGAUCCGCGGGAUGCGACAGUCUUUCAUCGCGGCUACUGUCAGAUAAAGGUCUUCUGCGAUAAGGGCGCGGAGCGUAAGACGCGCGAUGAGGAGCGUCGUGCCGCCAAGCGCAAAAUGACAGCCACUGGACGCAAGAAGCUGGAUGAGCUCUAUCAUCCGGUCACAGAUCGUUCCGAGUUCUAUGGCAUGCAGGAUCUGGCCAAGCCCCCAGUGCUCUUCUCGCCCGCCGAGGAUAUGGAAAAGAGCUUCUAUGGGCAUGAGACUGACUCGCCGGAGCUGAAAGGUGCCUCGCCGUUCUUGCUGCACGGUCAGAAGGUGGCCACGCCCACGCUCAAAUUUCACAAUCAUUUUCCGCCCGACAUGCAGACUGACAAAAAGGAUCAUAUAUUGGAUCAGAAUAUGUUAACCAGUACGCCCAUGUCCGAUUUUGGCCCACCAAUGAAGCGGGGCAGAAUGACGCCGCCGACAACGGAGCGUGUCAUGCUAUAUGUGCGGCAGGAGAACGAGGAGAUCUACACGCCGCUCCAUGUGGUGCCCCCAACCACCAUCGGCCUGCUAAAUGCGAUUGAAAACAAAUACAAAAUCUCAACAACGAGCAUAAAUAACAUAUAUCGCACAAAUAAGAAGGGGAUUACGGCGAAAAUUGAUGAUGAUAUGAUAUCCUUCUACUGCAACGAGGACAUUUUCUUGCUGGAAGUGCAACAGAUUGAGGAUGAUCUGUACGAUGUGACGCUCACGGAGCUGCCCAAUCAGUAGUACUUGCUCUCAAAAGUGAAACACACACACACACAUACACCAACAUACACUGACACACACACACACGCACACAUACACAAAAUGUGGACACAAUUUUGCUAACAGAAGUUGUUUCAAUAAGCCAUUUUUCAAAUAAACUAUAAGCCUUAGCCUUAAGUUCUCUAUUAAAAAUAUG